UAUUCAAUGAUAGAAUGUGUUUAUCGUAUACAUAAUAUAUAAAUGAAGGACUGAAUAAUAAGCAUGAUAGCACUGUGUGACCAUCCCAGUUUAGUGCAUGCUUCUUCUCAAUACAGUCAGUAAUAUGACGAGAGGCAAGAUGAAGAGGUGCAGUUUUGUUAUGAUUUUAUGGAUUUUAUUUUCUUAUUAUUCUUUCUAGUUCCACUUACUCUUGGCCAUUUUGGCUAUAGAAAACGAGAUCAACACAUGUGGGCACAACACUUUAAGUUUUGUGCUGGAAAAUUGCAAUCUCCAAUAGCAUUAUCAUCAUCUAAAUCUAUCCCACUGUCUUUCCCUGCUUUGGAAAUGAUUGGAUUUCAUGAUUUGCUUCCACUUCCUAUUACACUAGAAAAUGAUGGUCACUCUGUUAAAUUAAAUAUUAAUCAUAUUAUAUCAAGAAACCAAUUGCCAAUACCUUAUAUAUUUGGAGCUGUAUUAAAGAAAGGCCAAACAUAUGAAAUGGAAAGUUUACAUUUUCAUUGGGGUGCAAAAAAUAACAGAGGAUCUGAGCAUACGUUCAAUAAUGUUAGAUUCCCGAUGGAAAUGCAUAUAAUUCACAGAAAUGCAGCUUAUCCUAACUUGUCUUAUGCCUUGAAUUAUCAGGAUGGUAUUACUGUAUUAGGAAUAUUUUUUCAAUUACAGGAACAAGAUAACGAAAAUCUUAAUCCCAUAUUAAACAUCUUAAGUGAUAUAAAGUGGAUAAAUAAAAAAAAACAGAUGAACAAUUCAAUUGCUUUGUCUUCUUUAAUGCCGAAAGAUACAGAUACUUUUUACACUUACAAAGGAUCGUUAACAUCACCACCGUGCAAUGAAGUAGUAACUUGGAUUAUUUUUUCAACGCCGGUAAAAAUCUCAUUUCGACAGAUGAACAAAUUUAGAAUACUAUCAAACGGAGAAGACACACUUGCAGAUAAUUAUCGGCAAUUACAAGAUAUUGGAAUGAGAAAGGUAUUUGUUAGACGGCUUGACCAAUUUUCUGUAUUAAAAAACAAUAUGUCAAGUGUUGACUUUAUUGAUUCAAAUUUCUGGUUUUGGCAUUAAGCAAUAUUAUUGUUAUUAUUAUUAUUACUAUUAUUAUUAUCAUAAUGUAUAAAAAUUGUAACUAACAAUCAGUAUAAGUUAUGUAUGACACUUACCGAAUGUUAUUAAAAUUUAUCGGCUAUUGAAUGA